AUGUCUGACAACGCUGAAUCUUUUGGUAAGGCCUUUGGAGCCUUUGCAGCUUACGAGAAAAGCAGCAAGGCCGGCUCUGGCUCUGGUUCUGGCGGCGGCGGCGGUGGUGGUGGUGGACGUGGCGGCCGUGGCAGGCCAGAUAACCGACAGGGUUGUUGGCACUGUGGCUCUCGCGAGCACGUUUUGAGGGACUGCCCUCACAGAGGUGAACGGCGACAGCGCAAGAAGGAUGUCCGUCGUCAGGCGCCCACUGUUCCGGCGACUCCCCCUCCCCCUCCUGCUCCUCUUGAGCAGCGCCCUCUCCCUCCUGUCCCUCCUCCUCAGCAGCAGCAGCAGCAGGACGACGAGGUGAUGGCGGCGAUGGGACAAGUCGAGGCUGAGUUUAGGUCUCGGCGGGAGCUGCUGAUGCAGCAACAAGAGCAGCUCACGCAGCAACACCAGCAGCAACAACAACAGCUCAAUGAGGAGAAGAUAGCGGCGUUUGGACGACUCUCGCUUCGGUAUACAUGGAAGCCGCAGUAG